GCGGUAAUAUCCUGAAAUUACGCAUGCGCGAAGAAGGGAGGGGGGAGACUUCGGGUUAUACCCGAUGUUAAAACUUACGCUGACUUUAGUAUAGUAACCCGCGGGUUAUCGCCGAGGGUAGUCAGUUCCAUUCAUCCCUAGAUACCAACCACAUCCCAACCGAAAAUCAGAUAAAAUUCAUCACGAGAGUAAUUUUCCAAAAAAUUCUCAACUCAAUUUUCCUCCGAAAUUUCCUCAACUGGACGUUCGAUCGCCGCGCCCGAACACGCUGUCCCGUUAUACACCGACCAAAGGAUUGAACAUUCCUUCGGGAAGAGGUAGUUUCUCUCGCCUCCCCGUGUGGUCUCGACAGCGCACGAGAAGCCGGCGAAUAACGCGAAAGCGAUUUUGUGAGUCAUAACCGUCAUAACGCAACGUUGUUCAUGUGUAUCCGGUGCUGAUAUUUGCGGUUCUGUGGGGGUUUUUCGCAUGUGCUGAGGGUGUCAGGGGGUUCCAAAAAGGCUUUAGAACCUGCCGGACGGUGUUUCUAGGUGACGUUAAGUCAGAAACGAGAGGAAUUACGGAUUAUUUGGAGAACCAGAAAUAGCCAAAAAAUGCAGAAAAUGGACUACAUGGAGGUGACUCUCCCCAAUUACUCCUACGUCUUCAACUUCGAGGAGGAAUUCAUCCACCAGGACACACGUGUCUGGAUGACAAAUAACUGGACAAAUGUAUUCUACUACGUUGGUAUAUACAUGGUCCUCAUAUUCGGCGGUCAAUACUGGAUGGCCAGCAGACCCAGAUAUGAAUUACGGGGUCUUCUGACCCUCUGGAACAGUCUCCUCGCAACAUUCUCGAUAAUAGGAUUCGCAAGAACAGCACCUGAGCUCAUACAUGUCCUGAGAAAUCACGGAUUGUAUCACAGUGUGUGCAUACCGAGUUUCAUUCUGAUGGAUCGAGUCUCGGGAUUUUGGACCUGGAUGUUCGUCCUGUCGAAGCUGCCGGAGCUGGGUGACACAUUGUUCAUAGUCUUGAGAAAGCAACCCCUUAUCUUCCUCCACUGGUACCAUCACAUAACUGUUCUACUGUACUCAUGGUUCUCCUACACUGAGUACGCAUCAACAGCCCGAUGGUUUGUCGUGAUGAACUACUUCGUGCAUUCUAUAAUGUAUACUUACUAUGCCUUAAAAGCCAUGAGAUAUUCACCACCAAAGUCAAUAUCAAUGGUGAUAACAGCCCUUCAACUCAUCCAAAUGAUUGUCGGUUGUGCUAUUAACGUAUGGGCAUAUCAAUAUCUAACACCAGGACAGAGUCAUUGCUCUAUAUCUAGGUUUAACGUUCACUUCAGUUUAAUAAUGUACUUCAGUUAUUUCGUACUGUUUGCUAAAUUCUUUCACAAAGCGUACAUUGGCGGAAAGAAAGGAAAAAAAAUUUAUAAACACGAGGAUAAUGGAAAAAUUAAUGAGGAAUUUAGUAAUGGAAAGCUGAAGAGCAAUUGAAUUUUCUUGUCAUAUUUAUUUAUGAAUUUUGUCGAGGAAUAGGUCGGAUGUGAGAAAAUUUAUAUUUCAUUCAGAGAACGAUUUUUCAAUGCAAAUGGACCAAAGACGGUUGUCAUUCAGGAAAAUCGAUUUAUUUAGCAGCACAUGAACAGUCUUUUCGUCUUAAAUCCGUUAAUUGCAGCACAAUAUUUUUAAUUAUUUCGAUAUUUAUCGAUGGAAAGGGGGGUAGAUUGUACGAGUUGGUGAUAGGACUGCCACAAGGGGAUGCUCUAUGCCCUAAUAUUUUUUAUGAGCUCCUCACCUCAUUUAGAUGAUUAUCGGUUGUGCGGUUAAUGUGUGGGCGCAUCAGUAUCUCACAUCAGGACAGCGUCAUCACACCAUCUCGAGGUUUAACGUGCAUUUCAGUUGAAUAAUAUACUUCAGUUAUUUCGUGCUAUUUCUCUAGAUGCUUACAAAGGCGUUUAGAGGAAAGAUGGGAAAGAAAAUUUUUAAUCACCAGGGGAGUGGAUAAAUCAAGGAAUUUUGUAAUGAAAAGCACAAGAGCAAUUAAAUUUCUUCGUUACUUUUAUUUAUGAAUCGGUUGAUCGAUGGGAGGGGGGGAGGAUGGAUGAGAAAAAAUUGGUUCCAUUCUGAGAACGAUUUUUCGAUGGAACUGAACCAGAGGUAGUUCUCAUCCAGGAUAAUUGAUUAAUUUAUCAGCACAUGAUCGAUUUCUAUGAUUUAUUAAUUGCAGCACAAUUUUGGUGAUUAAUUCGGGAUUUAGCAGGGGAAGUGGGAAUUGCACCAGACGAUGCUAGAUUAGGAUGCCAGGGGGGGAGGCUAAAUGCCAUAAUAUUUUCAAAGAGUUGGCUUUUAUUACGAGUGCCUCGAUGUGAGGAUCCGGUGGGGCCAGUUCUCUCGGACGCGUGACCCAGAUUCUAUGUGACGGUGACUGGAGAGAUCUCGAGAGAUGAGUUUCUAGGGAGAUUUGACGUUUUUAUUUUUGUUGGAUUUUUUAGGGGUUUUAUAGAUGUCAGCUGAGCAAGGGGCGGGGGUAUACAGGUGAUUGUGGAGGGAGAGAAGGAAAUUCUAGGGCGUCUGAAGUGAAAAAAUGAAUUUUUCUUUAUAUAUUUAGCUUUUGGAGAAAUUUAAUUAUCGAGAAGAGGAAUUUGGUGGGAAAAAUUGAGGUAUUUUUUCCUCAAAUCAGUAGUUAAUAAGAUAAUUUAUGAAGAAGGAAAAAUUCUUUUUUUUAUCUUAUUCAGUAUGACAUAGUCCAGGAUCCACAGUUAUAUAUCUCAUUUUUUUUCAUUUCAAAGAUCUACUCUCUAUCCCUAGUUCGAGACCUGAUUAAUUAAAAUCGUAUCAUCAGGUAUCGGACAGUUUGUCACCAUAAAUUCCCAUGGAAUGAAAAUUUUUUCUGUUCCUUGAGAAGAUUUGUUCAAUGCUGGGAGCUCGCACCGGUUAAUCUUAAAAAUCAUUGCCAACAUAAUUAUGUAAAUUAGCCCCAGCACGAAUGGCGAGCAUGAGUCAUAUUCCCUGCGGCAGGGAUUCAUGAGGAAAUUGAUUUUCUGAAUUUCAAAUUUGUAUUUACUAAUGUGGGCUGUUGUUCAGUGCAAGGUCCAUGGCCAUCACUUCCUCAAUCGUUAAAUAUAUUUGAUUGAUGUCAACGCGAUUAUUAGAUAAUCAAACGUCAAAUGGAAAUUUUCAUUCACCUAAACACCUGAGAAAUUAUUUUUCUCGUGUUUAUGAUGCUCUCGAGUUGAUUUAAUGGUGAAUUUAACGAGGUUGAGUUGACAAUGAAUGACGCACAUAUUCACGGUAUAAUCGGGUGUCUGCUUCCCACUUUGGUGCCCCUGAAAUCGAUUACUUACAAAGUCAAUUAAUGAUUUAACGGAAUUUUUGAAUAACAAGGGGGGGGGGGCAGGAGCUGGAGCAAAGUGGAACUGAGGUUUAAGGGUCAAGAUGUCGUAAGAUCUACUGGAAUACAUUAUUUUCAUACCGAAGUGAUAAAACGAGAUACGUUGAGGUAUCUCGUUUUACCAUUUCACUACUUAUUCCAGGAUUAAAUAUCUUCAGAUCUGCAGAGAAUGGUUGAAAGAAUUUUGUGGAAGGAAUCCCAUUUUCAAGGUCUUUCCCUGCCCUUCAAAAUAAAAAAAAAUAUAUCGAAAUUGAUCUAUUGAUUCAGAUGUUUGAAACUUUCGAGAGUGAAGCGUCAAGAAGUCUUGAGGUCAAACGGGAGAGAUGAACAAAGCGAUCAGAGGAUCGAGUUUUUAUAUUUUUUUAGGGGUGAUUGCGAGAGGAGAAUGACAAGGUCUACAAACAAAAGGUUUUUUUAUUCUGUACAAGGAUAAAAAAAUCGGUAAGAGUUGAAAAGAGGUGGUAAGGAUCAAAGGGAGGGGACGAUUAAAAUAAUUAUGCUUUCGUCUCUUCUGUUUGAACCUUAAGGGUAUUUGAUCCUUCUGAUUAGACUGUUCGUUGCAUUUCUUUACCAUUCUACUUUUCCAUCUUGCUCCACGGCCCCCGAAUUAGUGAGACUUAUCAAUGAUUUGCGAAUUUUACGGGUCAUGAAAAAUGAUACUGUCAUUUACGAUUAAAAUGACCGAGUGCUGGUGCUCCAACAAUUGCACAACUACGAUGAUACUGAUGUGAGGCACAAAAUUUUUGUUGAACGAAUAUUUUUAUAUUUUUCCUGUUUGUUUGUAAAAUUGUUUUUAUGAAUUAGUUAGGGAGAGAAUUUGGAGUUCAAAGAGAAGAUUGAGUUUUUCGGAGAAUAUCUUCAAAUUAGAAAAAUAAUUCUGAAAAAUUGGAAAAAACUAUUAGAGAACAAAAUGUAGUCCUUGAAAUUUUUCUACAAAAAAGAUUUCUCAAUAAAAAAUCUCUUCCUCCUUUAAAAUCAGUUUAUUUUGUUUUCUGAUUUUGUUAUUGGCUCCCCCUCCCACAAAAAAUGAAAAAAAUGAUUGAAUGAAAUUUUUAUAAUAAAAAAUGAGGAGAGAAUGGAUCCGGGGAGAUUUAUUCUGGGAUUAAUGAGUUAAUUAUGAAAAAAUCCUGGAAAUUAACGUUUUUAUUGUCUCUCCAGGUGAAAUGGAUUCCGUUUUGUUCAGUCACAAGUGUAAAAAAGUUGAUUGUAAUCACAGCUUUCUCGAUAGCUAAGUUUUCAAUGAUAAGUGUGUGUGUGUAUGUGUGUAAACAUGUGUAUUAUAUAAAUAAUAAUCAAUUUUUACAUGAAUCGACCUGAUGAGGAGCUGAAGAUGAAUGAGGGAGGAUGGGACAAAGAACCAGGUGCUGGGGUCAAGAGAGUCAAACUCUCUAUCCAAUUGAGCACCGGAGAAUGUGCCUUCUGAUUACAUUGUUCGUCUCUCUGUUUAACCCUUGAUUAUUUUUUUCUUGUGAUAGAAAUUGCAAAUAAUGGAUAUGAGUUUUACUGGCUCCAUUAUUGAUGGGUCAGUCAAUAAAACGGUGGACAACCGAAGUGAUCAGAAGGAUCAGAUCUUCCCAAGGGUCAAAUGGGAGAGCCACCAAACUAGAAGUUAAUGAGUUGUUACCGGUGUAUUCUAAUUUUUCUAGUUUUUUAUAAAUUUCUGGAGAAUUUCCUUUUACAAAGUGUCAAAGAUUCUUUAAUUUUUUUACGUCUAAAGAUAACAAAUUCAGACUCUACUCUGAUUAAAAAAUUUGUUUUUAACAGAAACGAUAAUUAAAUCAAGGAACAAAGUUACGAUUCGACAUGUGGUCGAGGCGAUUGAAAUCACUCUCCCCGUCUCUCCCAUUAGACCCGCAAUAUGUGUUCCUUGCUGAUUGUUUGUUGACUAAUAGAGACAGAAAAAAAAUCACCUGCAUUUUAAUCUCAGAUGAAAAGGAUCGCUUCCUCCCGUUCUCCCGUACAAAGAUAAUUGAAUCAAGACGUUAUUUUUCGCGAAAAAGAGAAAAUUGUAAGAUAUGAUAUGAUAAAUGGGACAGUACGUGCCACUUCCUCGUCAGAAAUUCUUUCUGGGUCAUUGCCAAUUUCACGCGAGGCAACAAAAGCCUGGGAGUGCCGGAGAAUUGCUCUUGAAAGAAGAUUUCAACCAACUAAAAUUUGUUUUUUACAUCUUGGGCCACUACCAGCAUCCAAAAUUAAAAAAAAAAUGAGAGAUCGGUUUGGGAAUGAGUUGGGGCGUACGCUGAGCGCGCAGGACGUGCUUUAAAAUCGAUAAGUACACUCUCAAAUCGCGUAUAUUCCUUCAACUUCGCCACCUACUUUCUUUAAUCAUCUGGUUUUAGGAUUUUUGAUUAGGUCGAGGUCAUUUAAUUUCACUGAUUGAUGGAAAAAUGGCUCGAGUCGUAUCAGAAAUUUAACAAUUGUUUCCUGGGUUUUAUUUGCGUGCGAUUAAGUCGAUGGAAUGAUAGUUUAACGGGAAAUGUCAAGACAUUUUUAUUGCAAAUUUUGUGGAUAUCACAGAAAGUCUAGUGACAAUUUCUCCGAAAAUCGUUCAUUUUCAAGACAUUCCACAUAAUUCCUAGAACAACAAGAACAAUGAAAAGUGUAACAGGGAUUUUCCAUUUCCUGUUGAUUGUUGAUUUCUACGAAUGAAUAACAACAAAAAAUCGUCGAUAUUGCUUCACUAAGGACUAUCUAGCAAAGACGGAAACUUCUGAAGGAGUUGGCUACCUAAAUCAACUCCUAAAUUCGCGAUACGAUCUCGUAAUUUCUUUUUUCUUCAUUUAUAAAAAUCAUUUACAAUAUUUUUUAAUCAUUUAAGUACUUCAAGCGCAUCUGGAAUGUGUCAAAUUUUUGUAAUACCCUAUAAUUAUGUAAAAAGAGACAUGAGAAAGAAGCUUUAAUAUACCAUGUGAAAGACA